AGGAAACCUAUGCGCUCAAGGCAUCAGAUUGACGUUACGAACUAAAACUCUAAGCCCGAACGGAAGCAGCAGCAGCUAUGCGCAUUCCCUGCGCAUUUUAGAAACAGCCGGAAUAUACCGUCAAUCUUCCCAUUCAAUUGGACACCCACCGUUUUUCAGAUCUGAAGUUCAAUUCAAUUCAUUUUGUUAGAUUUCUUAGAUGGCAAAAGCAAACGAUGUCGCCGCUAUGGAAAUCGACGAUCAGAAUUCGGUCACCACUGAUCAGAUCAAUAUCCCCAAGUUCUCCGUCAAUGUGCUGCAGCUCUUGAAAUCGGCUCAAAUGCAGCAUGGGCUGCGCUUUGGCGAUUACCUUCGUUACCGGCGAUACUGCACUGCACGCUUGAGAAGACUUUACAAAUCUCUGAAGUUCACACACGGCCGUGGAAAAUAUACUAAAAAAGCCAUUGCUGCGUCUACAGUCACUGAAGUCAGGUUUCUCCAUUUGGUUCUCUAUACGGCUGAAAGAGCAUGGAGCCAUGCCAUGGAAAAGAAAACGUUACUAGACGGUCCAAAUGCACGCCAACGCAGCUACCUUAUAGGUAGAUUGAGGAAGGCAGUAAAAUGGGCAACCCUUUUCCAGGAGUUGUGUGCCUUCAAAGGAGAUUCCAGAACAUCUCUAGAAGCGGAGGCCUAUGCCGCUUAUAUGAAGGGAAAUUUGUUAUUUGAACAAGAUCAGCACUGGGAAAUAGCAUUGAAAUGUUUCAAAAGUUCCAGGGCUGUUUAUGAGGAACUUGGGAAGUAUGGAGACUUAGAGAACCAAGUAUUGUGCCGGGAACGGGUUGAAGAACUCGAGCCAAGUAUACGAUAUUGCCUACACAAAAUUGGGGAGUCAAAUUUACCAACUUCUGAACUAGUACACAUAGGAGAAAUGGAAGGGCCUGCUCUCGACCUUUUCAAAGCUAAAUUGGAGGCUGCCAUGGCUGAGGCUAGAUCUCAGCAAGCUGCGUCUAUGACAGAAUUCUAUUGGCUUGGUCAUAGAUUUCCAAUUUCGAAUGCGAAGACUCGGGUUUCCAUACUGAAAGCUCAGGAGCUGGAAAAAGAUAUCAAUGGUCCAGCAGCAGAUUCGCUUCCUGCAGAGAAAAAACUUGUAUUAUUUGACAGAAUAUUUUCUGCUUACAAUGAAGCCAGGAGCUACAUACGCAAUGAUUUGGUUACCACAGGUAAUUCUGAAAAAAUGAAAGAUGAUCUGAGUGGCCUUGAUAAAGCUAUUGGUGCUAUCUUAGGACAGCGAACAAUUGAGCGUAAUCAGUUGUUGGUGAAAAUAGCCAAAAGUAAACUCAGCAAGCUUCACGUCGAUAAGAAUGAAAAAAUAACGAAGCCUGAAGAACUUGUCCGGUUAUAUGAUCUUCUACUACAGAAUACUGCUGAUCUUUCUGACUUAGUUAGUUCGGGAAGAGAUAGAAAACCAGAAGAAGUGGCAUUUGCCGAGGAAUGCGAACUCAAAAGUUCUGCCUUUCGAGCAGAAAGGUGCUUUUACUUAGCUAGAUCUUACAGUUUGGCUGGAAAGAGGACUGAAGCUUACAUUUUGUAUGGCAAAGCUCGCUCUCUGGCUGACACUGCCCUUAAGAAGCUUCAGAGUUCGAAUAAUGCUGAUGAGGUGAUGAUCAAGGAGUUGAAGAUGCUGUAUCAAGAAUGUAGAUCCAACAGCUGUAUUGAGCAUGCAACAGGGAUUAUGGAGGAGAAUAAGGCUCCGGAAAAUCUUUCGAAAAAGAUUUCGAGUAUAUCAUUAACAGGAAAUGAUAAGAAGCUGGAGAAAUUGCUUAUGGAGAACUUGGACUCUUAUGAAUCGGCCGUGGGUGAUCCCGCUACAAAGUCAAUCCCGCGCAUUGAAGCCUUUCCACCUGCUUUCCAAGCCGUUCCUCGUAAUCCAAUCGUUAUCGAUCUUGCCUAUAAUGCAAUUGAUUUCCCGUCUCUCGAGAACCGGAUGAAGAAAGACAAAAAGGGAUUCAUAAGUAGGCUUUGGAGAUGAAUUAUACCAGUUUUGAUGGUCCUGGAUUUUAGAGCACCCGAGUAGUUGCGAUCUUGACAGUUUUUACAAUUGUAAUUUCUCACAUUAUGGACAAUGUCUUGAAUACUUGGUAGAAGCAAAUUUUGAUUGCAAACCUAGGGAUAAUCUUAUACGUUGGUCUGAAACUUCUCUUUCUUUCAUCCGGAUUACAGAAACUUUCUGUGGAACGAAAUAGUUUUCUAAAUUGUUUUUAAUCUCUGCUGAUUGCAGCAAAAUGAAAGAGAGCUCAAGGUGAUGAAAUUUUUAUUGC